AUGUCGAGUGAUAAGCAACAAGAUGAGCAACAAUUAAUCAUCAAGGCCAUUUGGGAUUAUAACGAAAUAUUUAAAAGGAGAUUUGGUGAUAGUAUUGUUAAUCAUGUGUAUUCAGGCUCGGAAACAUGUGCUGUUCCUUCCACUGUAGACAAUCCAUCUGCGGAAAGCACUCAUCACGAUAUUGCACAAUUAUUCUUCUACGCCUAUUCAACAUUGCCACAAUUUACUGUUCCUCACAAUGACAAUACUACCUCUUCUCCAAAUAACGUUGACAAAGAAGAGCUGAAUAAUCACUUCAUCUUUGAAAAGGAAAGUUUAAUUGAAAAGAUUGCCCAGCACUACAUUGUUUGUCUCUUCCUUCCUCAUCAACUCAACAAUAGCUUGGUCAACAGAUUAAAAACCAAAUUUCCAACCACUCACCAAAGCAAGGAGAGUGGCAUGAUAUGGAAAACAUCAGCUCCGAGCACUGAAUUCUUCAACACACAGUUGAAUACCAUGAAGACGAAACAUCAAUGGAAAUUGGAUACAAUGAGAAAAUUCGAUACGAGAGUAUUCUGUCGAUUGAAUUGUGAAAGUUUACAUAAUAGCUCUCUAACCUCAGAGGAUCAACUAAAAGACAAGACAAUUAUUCUUAAAACAGCCACUGACAAUUUUGAGGAUUUUUGUAAAUAUUUUGAGAUUACAGUUGAAUUUGCAUCAGGAAAUCGAAUGAAUCCCUCUCUUAGAAAGCAUCUCUUUAAUAUUUACUAUAGACAAGUUCAAUUGGAGAGAGCUGGUGGUAAACCUCUGUCAGAUUAUGUAAUUAUUUUGGAAAAUAAUGAAAUUGCCUCAGCUGGUAUGAUUCUUUAUGGAAAUGAGUUGGAGAGUAAAGAUUACAAGGAGAAUUCGAAUUGUGCGGCCAUCUACAGUAUUGCCACAAGAGAUCAAUUUAGAGGAAGAGGUUAUGCCACCAUGAUUGUUGUUACAUUGAUGGAAUUGGCCAAGUUGAGGGGAUAUGAUCAUGUCAUAUUACAUGCAUCUGAGAGUGGUUGUAACUUGUAUUCCAAGUUGGGAUUUGAAAAGAAAAUUGAUAUUGAUGUUUGUACUAUUGCACUAUUUCUAGAUGAGGAGAAUUAG